UAUUGAAAUUGAAUCGAAUAAUUGAUGAUCGAAGGUUAGAGUGCGGGGGUGAUUUUAAUUGUGAAGCGCACGGUACACAAAAACCAAACCCUAGAAUACGAGAGGGAUAAUCAGAUCGAAAUUGAAGUGAUUGGGCAGGGUUAAACAUGUCUGGUCGGUUGAUGAAGAAAGUUCUCAAGGAGCAAGAAGCAGCAAAUCAACAACAUGAGAAGAAGGAUUUGUACAGCGACGAUGACUCCGAAUCUUCAAAUACCUCUCCCUUGGCCUCCUCCGUCAACCCCUUCGAUCUCCUCGAUGACCAAUCACAGGAUGAGAAUGAUUUGGAUAUAGCAGGGGGUUCCAGUUCAGGAUAUCCUGAAGUGGAAGAAAGCUUGACGGAAAAAGUAGUUUUAAAUGAUACAGUUUCGCAAUCUAAUGCCAAAACAAAGAAAAAUAAAAAAAAGAAAGGGAAAGAGGACAAAAUUUUGGAUAAAAAGAAUAUUGAGAGUGCAUCUUAUAAGAUGUCAAAUAUGUCAAUGUUUGGAGAGGAGUCCUCCAGUCCUAGAUAUGGUCUUUCAGGAGCCAUACCAAAAAAUGAAACUUCUGGUGCUUUGUCAUCGUCAGUUUUACAAGUUGAGCCAAAAAUGCUUAAUGCAGAAACUGAGCUGCGAAGAAUAUUUGGUUCCAAGGUUGUGAAUUCUCUUGGAAGAAGUCAUCAAGCAGGACCAUCUAGACAGAACCGUGGAGGUAGACGUGGAAACCACAAUCACAGAAAGACUAUUCUUGUCUCUCCAUUAGAGCAUUGGCCUCGUUGGGAUGGAUCAUUUUCCAUGGAAUAUCUGGAAACAAAAGAUCAUUAUCAUUACUUUAGGUAUGUGCAAUCAUCUGCCUACAAGCAAGCACAAAUUGCGUUUGAAUCUGCAAAAGCAACACAUGAUCUAAAUGGCAUAGCAAAUAUAUUGUUGUACCACCCUUAUCAUGUUGAUUCACUGAUAACUCUUGCCGAAUAUUUUAAAUUCUCUGGUGAACAUCAAAUGUCCGCUGAUGCUACAUCUAAGUGUCUAUAUGCCCUGGAAUGUGCAUGGCAUCCCAUGUUCAGUCCCUUACAGGACAAAUGUAAGUUAAAAUAUAGCCAUGAAACUAACAGGCCAUUCUUUUCUACUCUUUUUGCCCACAUGAAAAACAUGGAUAGGCGUGGAUGCCAUCGCUGUGCACUUGAAAUUUGCAAACUGCUGCUUUCUUUAGAUUCAGAUGAUCCGAUGGGUGCUAUGUUCUGCAUUGACUAUUUUGCUUUGAGGGCUGAAGAGUAUACAUGGUUAGAAAGAUUUUCAGAAGAAUUCAAAAGCGAUAAUUCUCUAUGGCUGUUUCCAAAUUUUUCAUUUUCGCUUGCCAUAAGCCGGUUCUGUCUUGAGGGCUCAACUGAUGCAAACGAGGCUGAAAAAACUAGCUCAACUGACCUCAUGUGUCAUGCACUAAUGCUUCAUCCUCCAGUGUUAAAAAAAUUAGUAGCUAAAGUACCUCUGAAGGAUCAGAUGUGGGCAAACAUACUGAAUCAUAAGUUUUUUUCUAUUGAUCGAACAGGAGUUCCAUCCUUGGACCAUUUGAUUAAUAUAUAUGUUGAGAGGAGCUAUAUUAUCUGGCGACUUCCCGAUCUGCAGAAGUUUCUCAGGAAUUCUGCAAUGAAGGUUAUUGAUGACUUGGAUCAUAAUAGAGGCGAUGCUAAGGAUUGGGCUUGUGUGAGAGAAGAAGCAUUCUCUUCUGAGAAAAAUGAGUAUGACCAUCUCCUGGUGUCUGAUUUCUCAGACUCUGUGCAGACUAUGCCUCCUGAUAACUUACAAAAUUUUAUUCUCGACCCACAGGCCAUGGCAAUGCAGAAUGCAGACCAGGCUAUAAACCCACCUGCUGUUGGACGAGCUCCUCGUGAAGUAGCAAACCGAAAUGCAUUGGCAGUCCUACUUGAAUCGAUACUGCCAUGGAAUCAUUAUGGAACAAGCGGAGCUGGUGAGUUUGAAGAUGAACACAACAAUGAUAUGUAGAAGUGUCGGGCCUAAUAUUGUCAACCAUAGUAUUUUUUUUAAAAAAUGUCAGCAGAUCAUUUUCUGUAAUAAGUGAUAUGACAUUUGCACUUUACUGUACACUUCUCUUUUGCUGCUCAUGAGUACAUCUUCUUAGAUGGUUUGGUUUAGUUC